AUGUGGCCAGAGGGGGCGCUGUUGCUCCUGACGUUGGUGCAGUUGGUGCCAACGCGUGGACAGUAUGAUAUGUGUAAGUCCUUGGUGAGUACAGAUGAGGGUGCAGUAUGGGAACACUAUGCGUGCCAACCCAAAUCCAGUUCAAUGAAGGAAUAUAUGAGAAUCCGUGUGGACCCGCCCGGAAUCACCUGUGGAAAUCCUCCAGAAAGGUUCUGCACACUGGAGAACCCGUACCUGUGUAGUGAUGAAUGUGAUGCAUCUAACCCUGACCUGGCCCACCCUCCUCAGCUGAUGCAGGAUCGGGAACGCAGCGGCCUUAUAACGUACUGGCAAACGGUGACCUGGAGCCGCUAUCCCGAACCUCUACUCGCUAACAUCACGCUUUCGUGGAACAAGAGCCUCGAACUCACGGACGACAUCCAGAUAACCUUCGAAUACGGCCGCCCGACCAUCAUGGUUCUCGACAAAUCGCUUAACUACGGUCGCUCCUGGCAACCGUACCAGUACUACGCCGACGACUGUAUGGAAGCAUUCAACAUGGAACCGAAACGCGUGCGCGACCUGAACGCUGCUAGCGCCACGCGCGUCAUAUGCACAGAGCAGUAUUCUCGCUGGGUAGGCUCAAAAAACGAAAAGACGGUGCGUUUUGAAGUGCGUUCCCGUUUCGCUAUCUUCGCUGGACCGAGACUGUUGAAUAUGGAUGCCUUGUACACGCGAAUGGAGAGCAUGAAAGGACUUCGAGAUUUCUUUACCUUCACUAACCUGCGUCUCAGGCUCCUCAGGCCGGCGCUCGGAGGAACUUACGUUCAGAGAGACAAUUUGCUCAAAUACUUUUAUGCCAUCUCCAACAUUGAGGUGUCCGCCAGGUGUAAGUGUAAUCUGCAUGCAUCCCAGUGUGUGUUUGAGGACGAUAAUCUACAGUGUGUGUGUGAGCACAACACCACAGGCCAAGACUGCAACCGCUGUAAGAAAGGCUUCAAAGCUAAGAGCUGGAAGGCUGGAUCCUACUUACCCACCCCUAAUGGAACUCCCAAUACCUGUUCUCAAGCUGGUACUACAUCUGGUUCUAACUGUGAAUGUAAUGGUCACUCUAACCGCUGUAGUUACAUUGACUACCUAAAUAUCGUGACCUGUGUGAGCUGUAAGCAUAACACCAGAGGACAGAACUGUCAACACUGCCGCAUGGGCUAUUUCAGAAACGCCUCAGCCGAACUGGACGACGAGAGCGUGUGUAUUGAGUGUAACUGUAAUCAGAUGGGCUCGCUUCAUGAUCGUUGUAAUGGGACAGGCUUCUGUCAAUGUAAAGAGGGAACUACUGGAGUGAAGUGUGACGAAUGUGCGCCUGGUUACUAUUGGAAACAAGGCUGUUACCCUAAUGUGUGUGAUGAGGAGCUGUUACUGUGUCAGAAUGGGGGCACAUGCUAUCAGAGCCAGCGAUGUAUCUGCCCACCGGACUUUAAGGGUGUCCUGUGCCAACAGUCUCGCUGCGGUGAUUCCAAGAGAUGCAGUUCUGCCAGCAUGCCCGCUCUAAGCCUGGCACUACUGCUUCUGUGCCCGCUGCUCAACAUCCUGCUGGGCUGUGCCACCUCUGCACCCUGA